GUGUUUUUAAUUCUUCCUCCCCGUUUUAUGCUAUCUUCUUCGCAAAUUCUCUAUAUCCUUCUCGUCGGGCGCCACUAUCUCUACCGGUGUGAUACUCUAUGGGAGUUUGUGGAAAUGUCCGUGUUUUUUGACGGUUCAUUCACGUUAAAACCAGAGUCAAAUCCUGUCUAAUGUCAAGACUAAAAAUGGCAUGGAAAUUGACUGGGUGUUUUCUUCGUCUUCUCCGUCACUUUGACGGCAUCAACGUCUAUAUAAGCACUCAUAUUUAAUUUAUUAUUAGCAUCUGAAUUCUCAGAGUCAGUAUCCUGCAAGAAUGAACACCCAUAUCAGAUUGCAGUCAUUGCUUCUCCUAUCGAUUCUUCUCCUCGUUGUUUCAACGUUUUCAGUCUCAAGUGGGUUUCCUCAAAGACCCCAUCUUCGAGGGAGGACCGUCGAGGCUGAGUAUGGUGUGGUUUCGUUGGAAAUUAGGUCUGUUCUUGAGGAAAAUAAUGCUGGUGAAAACAAUCAUAUGGCAUUAGCUACAAGUAGAACACACAGGAAAGAUCCUCUGGAUGGUUUGAACCAUUACAAGGGUGGAUGGAACAUCGGCGAUAAACAUUACUUGUCUUCUGUUUUGUUCACUGGUGCUCCAUUGUUCUUCAUUGCGGCAGUUUGGCUUCUUGGAUUUGGUCUAUUCUUGUUUGCCGUCUGUCUCCAUCAUUGUUGCUGUCUCCGCCAGCCUUAUGGCUAUUCUGAAAUUGUUUAUGCCCUUUCUCUCAUCUCCCUCGUAUUUUUCACUGUUGCCGCCAUCGUCGGGUGCAUUGUGCUCUUUGCUGGACAGGGAGCUUUUUACAGUAGCACAAAGGAUACAUUGGACUAUGUUGUAUGGCAGGCCGAUAACACGGCCAUGAAUCUCACAACCAUAUCGAGUUACCUAGAUGAAGCUAAGAAUAUCAGGGUGGACCAAUAUUCUCUUCUGGCUGAAGUACAAAACAAUAUCAACAAAGUUCAGAAAAAGAUAAAUAAUGCUGCUAGCACUCUUAAUGAAAAGACGGCAGAAAAUUCGAGAGAGAUACGGAGAGCUUUAAAUAUCGUAAGAGUGGCUCUAAUUGUACUUUCUUCUGUGAUGCUUCUCUUGGCUUUUGCUGGUUUCUUGUUAUCGAUUUUCGGCAUGCAAUGUCUUGUGUACACAUUUGUGAUCAUAGGAUGGAUCCUCGUAACGAUCACAUUUAUCCUGUCUGGCGUAUUUCUCGUUCUCCAUAAUGUGACUGAAGAUACGUGUGUUGCGAUGGAUGAAUGGGUUCGACACCCUAUGGCCCAUACAGCUUUAGAUGACAUCCUCCCUUGCGUGGAUAAUGCAACUGCCCAGGAGACCUUGGCACAGAGCCAAAACGUUACCAUCCAGUUGGUUAGCUUUGUUAACACAUUGAUCAAUGUAUCCAAUGCAGACUUACAACCUGGUUUUCCCCUCUAUCACAAUCAAUCCGGGCCUCCGGUUCCUUUUCUCUGCAAUCCGUUCAAUCCUGAUAGAACCAAUCGGAAUUGCACUGCCAAUGAAGUGAAUUUCACCAAUGCUGCACAGGAAUGGAUGAAUUACGUCUGUCAAGUUUCAGACAACAGUAGCGUUUGCAUUACCGAGGGACGAUUGAUUCCUAAAUACUACAACGCCAUGACUGCUGCUGCAAAUGUAAGUUAUGCAUUAUAUCAAUAUUCACCAUUCCUUGUUGGCUUGGGAGAUUGCUCGUUUGUCCGGAAAACUUUCAGUGACAUCAAUGCGGACCACUGUCCUGACCUAAAGAGCAAGAGUAAGUUGAUCUACAUUGGCCUGGUCAUGGUUUCAGCUGCAGUUAUGCUGUCUUUGAUCUCUUGGGUAUUCUACACAAGAGAGAGACGUCACAGGGUAUAUCACAGACAGUUCAUAGCCAUAUCUGAUCAACAUUCAAUAGAAUCACAGCAGAAAAGGGAUGCUGAACGUCAGAGCUGAUAAUACUCCAUUCAGAUAUUAUUGUUGUACUGAGUUCCUAUAGAAAAAAAAAAUUGAUACAUAGAUAUCCAUUGAAUAACACAAUUGUAGUACAAACAGUAAUUUUUUCACAUUCUAGGCUAAUUGCAUGAUGACUAGUUUAACAUAUAGGCGUUCAUGUUAGAUUUCUCUCUCAA